CAGACCGUACGGUAUUCCUCAAGAGCGAAAGAGGAGAGAGAGAGAGAAACCGACCAAAGAAGCUCUCUCUCAAUCACUGUCGAAGCAUCUCUUCUUCUUCUUCUUCUUCUUCUUCUUUCUUUUUUUUUUUUCCCUUCCUUUUUUCUUCUUUCGCUCUCCGAGGUUCCGUUGUAAUCUCUCGGCUUUUGGAAUCUGCUUGUCCGAGGCAAAAGUGUUCUCUGCUCCUUCCAUGGACCUUUAUGCUCGCAAUCCGCCUAUCAAUGGCUCCCAAUCUGCUCUAGCUCCCGACUGGAUCCCCGCUGAUGCUGAUACCGGACUCGAAGAGUCGAUGUGGCGAUUAGGGCUGGGUAGCGAGACGUACCCGGAGAGACCAGGUGCUCCUGACUGUGCCUACUACAUGCGCACUGGUGUCUGCGGCUACGGUAAUCGAUGUCGUUACAACCACCCUCGCGAUCGUGCCUCGGUUGAAGCAACUGUUAGAGCUACAGGGCAGUAUCCAGAACGUAUAGGUGAACCCCCAUGCCAGUUUUAUUUGAAAACUGGAACCUGUAAAUUUGGGGCGUCUUGCAAAUUCCACCAUCCGAAGAAUGCAGGUGGAUCCAUGAGCCACGUUCCACUUAAUAUAUAUGGAUACCCUGUGCGAGAGGGUGAGAACGAAUGCUCCUACUAUUUGAAAACGGGGCAAUGCAAAUUUGGUAUAACCUGUAAAUUUCAUCAUCCUCAGCCUGCUGGUACAACUGUCCCACCACCACCAGCAUCUGCACCUCAGUUUUAUCCAUCGGUGCAGUCACUUAUGCCUGAUCAGUAUGGAGGUCCAUCCUCUAGCUUGAGAGUUGCAAGAACUCUUCUUCCUGGUUCUUACAUGCAAGGCGCCUAUGGUCCAAUGCUACUUACCCCAGGGGUCGUUCCCAUUCCAGGCUGGAGUCCUUACUCGGCACCUGUGAGCCCUGCUCUAUCUCCUGGUGCCCAGCAUGCUGUUGGGGCAACUUCUUUAUAUGGAGUUACACAGCUCUCUUCCACCACUCCUUCGCUUCCCGGGGUUUAUCCAUCUCUGUCCUCUCCUACAGGUGUUAUACAGAAAGAACAAGCCUUCCCAGAGAGACCCGGUGAACCGGAGUGUCAAUACUAUUUGAAAACAGGAGAUUGUAAGUUUGGAACAUCUUGUAAGUUUCAUCAUCCUCGAGAUCGGGUUCCACCAAGAGCAAAUUGCAUCUUGAGCCCCAUUGGUCUUCCUCUACGCCCGGGUGUGCAGCGCUGCACGUUCUAUGUGCAAAACGGCUUCUGUAAAUUCGGGUCAACAUGUAAAUUUGAUCAUCCAAUGGGAAACAUCAGAUACAAUCCUUCAGCAUCCUCUCUGGCUGAUGCACCAGUGGCUCCUUACCCAGUGAGCUCUCUCUUGGGUGGCGGUCUCGCAGCAGCCCCUUCUUCGUCAUCGACAGAGCUCAUAACAGGGGGUGCAAAAGAUCCGUACUUGACAGGUUUGCCUAGUUCAAGAAGCACAUCAAGCAUCUCGGCAGGUUUGAUUUUCUCCCAGAGUGGUGGCUCAAUUCCAUUCUCUGAGCUGCAACUCUCGAGCCAGACAUCACUUCCUCUAACAGGUAGCAGAAUCACAAGACAAGGACGAGAAAUCCGUCGAUCCUUUUGAAUUGAUAAGCUUGGACAAAAGGGUACGCAUACUCAGUCCUCUGGAUCACCUUUUGCAAUUCUUAAAUCUAAUAUCAUUAUUAUAGAGAAGCAUGUGAUGUGAAUUUCUAUAUAUAUAUUUAUAUAGUCUCUCCGUACCUUAGAAAAGAAAAAGAAAAAAAGAAAAAAAAAAAGCCUAUUUGAGAAGAAGACCUGAGUGAGAAUCACAUAUAUAUAUAUAUAUAGAUAAUAUAAGAUGAAAUCUAUAUGUGCAUAUAUCAAAGACAAAAGAAAACAAGAAAAAAGGCUCUUCUUCUUUUCUUUCCUUUCUUUCCUUUUUUUUUGUUUGUUUGUUUGUUUGUGUGUAUAAUGUUUGUAAUUGUAUAGAGACAGACAAGGUUUCAUUGUCUUGUCCGAACUUCUUCUACUUCAGACCCAUUGCGGCUGAACAACCCAAAAAAGAAAAAAACAAGAGAAAAAGAACUCUCGAUUCUCUUCUUCUUUUUAGAAUUUUCUUUUACUUUUUUUUUACUCUGGCAAUUGGUGAAACUGAUCGUGUUAAGGUAUCUUCUUUAUUGUAGUCAAAUUAUGUGGUGUGUUGUUAAUUUGUUAUGUUACUGAUUCACACAUUAUGGUGAGGGAACAACAAUCCACAUUUUAAGACUAACCUUGAAGGUUGUUGACACCACAACCUUGUACUGCUAUUACUAUCUUUAUUUA